AGCCGCCGAAGAAGCGUGUGAAGCGCCACACACCACAGCAGAUUCAAGAACUCAUGGCUGUGUAUGAUCAGUGUACUCACCCAGAUCCCGAGGCUAUGCAGGCACUUGGCGCAAUGAUUGGUUUGGAGCCAAAACAUGUGAAGUUCUGGUUCCAAAACAGACGCUCCCAAGUGAAGAAGAAGGACCAGCAGGAGCAAAACCAACAGAUGCAGCAAGUGAAUGCUUCACUGAAGGCAGAGAACUGGUCACUCCGUAAGGCUAUACUGACGCAGACAUGUGUCACAUGUUGUGGCAAGACCCUGCCCUUCAAUCCAUUACUGGAGAAGCAGCACUUGCUCACCAAGAAUGCGGAGCUCAAGGAUAAAUUCCUGCGUGUUUCUGCCAUCCAAAGCAAGAUCAUCCGUGAUUCCGCUUUCACACGACCUGCGCCGUGGAUCAGCAGCAGAAGCAGCGAAGUUGAUCGUGAAGCGCUUCUCCACUACACGAAGGCAUCCAUGGAGCAGUUCCUGGUUCUUGCAACCAAGGGGGAGCCUUCUUUUCAAAAAACCAUGGGGGAGCUGAUGUGGCUUCCUGCUGCAGAUGGCGGCGAGGUGCUGAACUUUGUGGAGUACCGUGCCAAAUUCUCUCAGGCCUUGUUCGGGCUCCGUCCCGAGGGGUUCGCCGUGGAGGCCACCAGGGACGCUGCCAUUGUUUGGGGCAGUGCUGCUGAGCUCGUCAGCAUCUUCAUGGACACUGCUCGCUGGUCCGAGACGUUCCCUGGGGUUGUGGCAAGUGUGGUAGCCGGUGACGUUGUAUCCACUGGUAGUUUCACUGAUGGGCAGAUUCAGCUGAUGAAUGCCGAGAUGUGGGUGCAGUCUCCAUGUGUGCCGAACCGCACUGUGAACAUUUUGAGGUACAGCAAACUGGUUGCUGAGAGGAAAUGGGCUGUGAUGGACGUUUCUGUUGAUGGCAUCUUUGGACAAGAAGUUUUGCUGGCUUAUUUGCCGGCUAGGUAUAUGGGGUGCAGGCUGCUGCCAUCCGGCUGCCUCAUUGAGGACAUGAGCAAUGGCUACUGCAAGGUCACAUGGAUUGUUCAUGCCGAGUAUGAUGAGACCACCAUGCCAACGACGUUUAGACCAUUGUUCCUCAACGGGCAAGCCAUGUGUGCGCGCCGCUGGCUCGCUUCACUCCAGAUGCAGCGUGAAUACGCCGCUGCUUUGUACUCCAGCCUUCAUCCAGGAAACAACAAUGCUGCAAAAGCAGUUGGCAUGCUAAAGUUGGCGCAGCAGAUGAUGGCGAGCUUCUACGCGGCUGUCUCUGGGCCCAUCGCUCCGACUCAGGCAACGACCAGCAUCAACGACUGGUUUGGCAGCGUGGGCACCGGCAUUGAGAGGUUUGAUGCAGCUGUGCGCAUGGUGACCUGGGAGAAACCUGGCAGCAGUAUGGCCGGAGAGCCGGCGAGCUGUUUUCUGAGCGCCACCACCACACUGUGGCUACCCUGCACUCCACCGGAGCACGUAUUCAACUACCUCCGCAACAAGAAGCGCCGCGGCGAGUGGGAUUUCGUCCUCGCCAAUGGUGCCGCGGUGAAGGAGUUGGGAUCCGUUUCCAUGGGCUGCCAUCUCGCAGGCAAUGUCAUCUCCAUCCUCUCCAGUAUGACUGAUGGAACCAACGACAGGGUGCUGAUCCUGCAGGAGGUGCGCACCGAGGCGUCCGGCUCCCUGGUGGUGUACACUCCUAUUGGGGAGGGGGCCAUGGAUGCUGCCAUGGGCGGCGACAGCGGUGGAGCCUCCAACUUCCCCACGCCGUCUGGAUUCGCCAUCCUCCCGGAUGGCCGCGGCUAGACUCGCCACGCUCCGUGCCCUGCUCCGAGCACCUCCUCUAGUGAUCCCAUCCUCCGCAACGACACUGGAGGGUCUCUUGUGACCAUGGCCUACCGGGUGCAGCUGCCCGGCUCCCCGCCUGACACCGCAGGGGCCUUUGAUGAUGUCGGGAAGCUGAUCUGUCAUGUGAUGGAGAAGAUCAAGAUCGCCGUCGAGGCCGAGAUCGUCCUCCCAGCUUGAUGCACGGGGCGUGCUGUCGUGCUCCAUGUCGAAUGCUUCCGGUAUUUGAGAGUGGUGGAGAGAAUAAAAUGGUUCAUCCAUGGACAUGGUUUCGGAUGGAUCACCUCCUAGAUGCUGCUUUACUGUUCCUCAAAACGUUAUCAUCACUCUUUGUUUUCAGACUUAUGGUUCUGUGCCACCAGUGUCAUGGAUUUAUGUCGGUUUAAUCUGUUUGCUUAAUGUUAGCAUGGAUUGU